AUGCCUUUCAAUACAGAACUGACCCGGAGACUGGGCAUCGAAGUGCCUGUGGUCCAGGGGGGAAUGCAAUGGGUCGGAUACGCCGAGCUGGCAGCGGCUGUUAGCAACGCAGGAGGACUUGGAAUUCUUACAGCUCUCACACAACCCACCCCGGAGGACCUGCGCAAAGAGAUCCGCAGAUGCCGCACCUUGACCUCGAAGCCAUUCGGGGUGAAUAUCACCUUGCUCCCUGCCUUGGUGCCCCCGGACUACGCCGCGUACGCCCAGGUCGUCAUCGACGAGGGUAUCAAGAUUGUCGAGACGGCAGGUAACAACCCCGGGCCGGUGAUCCAUCAACUCAAGAAGGCUGGCACGAUCAUCUUGCACAAGUGCACAACGAUCCGCCAUGCCAAGUCGGCCGUCAAACUCGGGGUGGAUUUCCUGUCGAUUGACGGGUUCGAGUGUGCGGGCCACGUGGGCGAGAACGAUAUCACCAACUUCAUUCUGCUGAGCCGGGCGCGCCAGGCCCUCAAGGUGCCGUUCAUCGCGUCGGGCGGGUUCGCCGACGGGCAGGGACUGGCGGCUGCGUUGGCACUGGGCGCUGAAGGCAUCAACAUGGGCACUCGGUUCAUGUGCACGGUCGAGGCGCCGAUCCACCAGAAUGUGAAGGAGACGAUUGUGAAGGCGGACGAGACAGACACGGCGCUCGUGAUGAGACGGUGGAAGAACACGACGCGGUUGUUUGGCAACAAGGUGGCCAAGGAGGCGCUGAAGGUGGAGAAGGAGAGCAAGUCGGACGAGUUCAGCGUGAUUGCCCCGUUUGUCAGCGGCAAGAGAGGACGGGAAGUAUUCUUGAACGGGGAUGUGGACUAUGGGGUGUGGACUGCCGGCCAGGUGAUCGGGUUGAUCCACGAUAUUCCCACAUGUGCGCAGCUUUUGACGCGCAUCCAGAAGGAGGCGUUGGAGGCGAUGCAGCGGACACGGUCGUUGUACGCGGCAACGGCGAAGCUGUAG